AUGGAGCGUCCGGGCGGAGCGGUCCCCUCCGAGCAGCGGGUCCCCGCCGAGCAGCGGCCCCCGGACCCCCCCGACGACGACCCCCCCGCCGCCUCCCCCCCGGCCGGCCCCGGGUCGGCGAGCGAGGCCCUGCCGCCGCUGGGCUCGUUGGGGCGUCGGCUGCUGGUGCUGCUGCUCGCCUACCUGGCCGGGGCCCUGGGGCUCAGCCUGGGCUUCGUCCUGUUGGGCCUGGCCCUCUACCUGGGCUGGCAGCGGGUCCGCGGCGGCAAGGAGCGGAGCCUCCGGGCCGCAAGGCUCCUGCUGGACGACGAGGAGCGGAUCACGGCGCAGACCCUCUAUCUCAGCCACCGGGAGCUGCCGGCCUGGGUCAGCUUCCCCGACGUGGAGAAGGUCGAAUGGCUGAACAAGAUCGUGGCCCAGAUCUGGCCCUUCUUGGGUCAGUACAUGGAGAAGAUGCUGGCCGAGUCCGUGGCCCCCGUCGUGCGAGGCUCCAACCCCCACCUGCAGACCUUCACCUUCACCCGCGUGGAGCUGGGGGAGAAGCCUCUGCGGAUCCUGGGAGUGAAAGUUCACACGGGGCAGACGAAGAAUCAGAUCCUGCUGGACCUCAACAUCAGCUAUGUGGGUGACCUGCAGAUCGAUGUGGAGGUGAAGAAAUACUUCUGCAAAGCCGGGGUCAAGGGCAUGCAGCUGCACGGGGUCCUCCGCCUCAUCCUGGAGCCGUUGCUGGGCGACCUGCCCAUCGUUGGAGCUGUUUCCAUGUUCUUCAUCCGCCGCCCGAUGUUGGACAUUAACUGGACAGGGAUGACCAACCUGCUGGACAUUCCAGGACUCAGUGCUCUGUCGGACUCGAUGAUCAUGGAUUCCAUCGCUGCCUUCCUCGUGCUGCCCAACCGCCUGCUCGUGCCCCUCGUGCCAGACCUACAGGAAGUGGCCCAGCUCCGCUCCCCGCUGCCCCGGGGCAUCGUGCGGGUCCAUCUGUUGGCGGCACGGGCGCUGGGCUCCAAGGACACGUUUGUGCGCGGCCUCAUCGAGGGCAAGUCUGAUCCGUACGCCCUGGUCCGCGUGGGCACCCAAGUCUUCUGCAGCAGGGUGGUGGACAAUGACCUCAACCCUCGGUGGGGGGAGACCUAUGAGGUGAUGGUGCAUGAGGUCCCGGGGCAGGAGCUGGAAGUCGAGGUGUUUGACAAGGACCCAGACAAGGAUGACUUCCUGGGCCGGAUGAAGCUGGAUCUGGGGAACGUGCUGAAGGAGCAGGUGUUGGACGAGUGGUUCCCGCUGCAGGGCGGGCCAGGCCAGGUGCACCUGCGGCUGGAAUGGCUGACUUUGCUACCGGACGCGGCCAAGUUGGAUCAGGUCCUACAGUGGAACCGGGGGGUCUCCUCCCGGCCUGACCCCCCUUCAGCAGCCAUCCUGGUGAUCUACCUGGACCGAGCUCAAGACCUGCCGCUGAAAAAGGGGAACAAGGAGCCAAACCCUAUGGUCCAGCUGUCGGUGCAGGAUGUGACCCAGGAGAGCAAGGCCACCUACAACACCAACUCCCCGGUGUGGGAAGAGGCCUUCCGCUUCUUCCUGCAGGACCCGAACAGCCAAGACCUGGACAUCCAGGUAAAGGACGACAGCCGGCAGCUGGCUCUGGGCUCUCUGAGCCUACCCCUGUCACGCCUGCUCAGCGCCCCGGACCUCACCCUGGACCAGUGGUUUCAGCUGAGCAGCUCCGGCCCAGCCUCACGCCUCUACAUGAAGCUCGUUAUGCGGAUCUUGUACCUGGACACAUCGAGUGUCCACUUCCCGCUGACCCCCAGCUCCCCGGGGCCCGCGGAGACGUCCGGCGAGAGCUUCCAUCCGGGCAGCAGCGUUGACCAACCGCCCCGGCCCACCCACACAUCUCCCGAUGGCCAUUUUGGCACUGAGGGGGUCCUGCGGAUCCACGUGCUGGAGGCCCAGGGGCUCAUCGCCAAGGACACGUUCCUGGGGGGGCUGGUCCGGGGCAAGUCCGACCCCUACGUCAAGCUGCGCGUCGGCGGGCUCAGCUUCCGGACCCGUGUGGUGCGCGAGGAGCUCAGCCCCCGUUGGAACGAGGUCUUCGAGGUGAUUGUCACCACAGUCCCCGGACAGGAGCUGGAGGUCGAGGUGUUCGACAAGGAUCUGGACAAGGAUGACUUCCUGGGCCGGUGUAAGGUCAGCCUUGGCCCCGUGCUCAGCAGCGGGUUCAUGGAUGAGUGGCUCUACCUGGAGGAUGUCUCUUCUGGCCGCCUGCACCUGCGACUGGAGCGUCUGAGUCCCCGGCCCAGCACAGCCGAGCUGGAGCAGGUGCUGCAGGUGAACAGUCUGAUCCAGACCAACAAGAGCACCGAGCUGGCGGCUGCCCUGCUGUCCGUCUACCUGGAGCAGGCUGCGGACCUGCCCCUCCGUAAAGGCAGUAAGCCACCCAGCUCUUAUGCCACCAUCAGUGUUGGAGAUUCCUCCUUCAAGACCAAGACGUGCCCCCAGACCUCGGCCCCUGUGUGGGAUGAGACGGCCUCUUUCCUUAUUAGGAGGCCCCACGUCGAGAGCCUAGAGCUGCAGGUGCGGGGAGACGGGUCAGGGACGCUUGGUUCCCUGUCCCUGCCGCUGUCCGACCUCCUCGCCAGCAGCCACCUGUGCCUCGAUGGCUGGUUCCCCCUCAGCAAUGGGCAGGGCCAGGUGCUACUGCGGGCUCAGCUCGGAAUCCUGGUGUCGCAGCACUCGGGGGUGGAAGCUCACAGCCACACCCCGUCUCCUCUGAGCGAGGAGUCAGAGUCGUGGGGAGCACCCCCCGUCCUCACCUCUUCGGCCCCUGAGCUCCGGCAGAGGCUACUUCACAUGGACAGCCCCCCAGAGGCACCGGCUGGGCAACUGGGCCAGGUGAAGCUGACCGUUUGGUACUACCCUGAGGAGCAAAAGCUGGUCAGCCUUGUCCAUAGCUGCCGGGCUCUGCGGCAGUCGGGGCGUGACCCCCCUGACCCCUAUGUGUCCCUGUUGCUGCUGCCGGACAAGAAUCGGGCCUCCAAGAGGAAGACCAGCCCCAAGAAGAAGACCCUGAGCCCAGAAUUCAAUGAGAGGUUCGAAUGGGACAUGUCCGUGGACGAGGCUAUGCGGCGGAAGCUUGAAGUCUCUGUUAAAUCCAACGUCUCCUUCAUGACUCGGGAGCGGGAACUGCUGGGGAAGGUGCAGCUGGACUUAGCUCAGAUGGAUCUGUCCCAGGGAGCAGCGCAGUGGUACGACCUGAAGGACGACAAGGACAAAGGAGGCUCCUAGCCUGGGGCCCUGCUGUCAACUCCCCCCGCCCGCC